AAACACCAAACACGCCAUCAUCGUUUCAACAUAACCACAGUUCUCUUCAUUUCCUCCUGCAUCUUUCUUAAUCAUUUCAUUUACACCCUCGCCUUCGUUCCAUCAUGUGUGGAGGUGCUAUUAUCUCCGACUUCAUUCCGAACGCGCGGUCCGACCGGGUUACUGCUGACUACCUAUGGCCACAUCUGAAGAAUAAACCCGGGUCCAAACCCGGAUCGGGGAAACGCUACUCGAAGCCGGUGAUCAAUUUGGACGAUGAUUUGGAGGCCGAUUUUGAGGACUACAAGGAUGAGGAAUCUGACUUCGACGACUUUGAUCGUCUUCGUGAUGAUAUCAAGCCGUUUUCUUUCUCUGCUAACGCAAAGCCCGCUUCUGGGGCCUCUCGCGGCUCAAAGACUGUAAAAUCUGUGGAAUUCAGUGGACAAGCUGAGAAAUCUGCAAAAAGAAAGAGGAAAAAUCAGUACAGGGGAAUUAGGCAGCGUCCAUGGGGUAGAUGGGCUGCUGAGAUUCGUGAUCCAAGGAAGGGGAUCAGGGUCUGGCUAGGGACUUUUAAUACUGCUGAAGAAGCUGCAAGAGCCUAUGAUGCUGAGGCAAGGAGAAUACGUGGCAAGAAAGCCAAAGUGAACUUCCCAGAUGAAACCCACCAUGCUUCUCCUAAGUGUUCACUGAAAUCAAACUCUCAGAAACCCCUUUCCAAGACAAAUCCAAACCCAGUUCAACCAAACCUCAGCCAAAGUUUUAAUUAUGUGAGCAAAGCAGAUCAGGAUUGCUACAAUACCAUGGGUUUUGUAGAAGAGAAACCAGCAACGAAUCAAUUUCCAUUCAUGGAUUCCUUCCCUGCUAAUGCAGAUGUUGGAUUCAAACCCCUUGUUCCAUCUGAUAAUUCCCCAUUGUAUUUUGAUUCAGACCAAGGAAGUAAUUCUUUUGGUUGUACAAACUUUGGCUGGGGAGAACAGGCUCCAAACACUUCUGAAAUAUUAUCUGCUCUUACUGCUUACAUGGAAAGUGAUGAGUCUGAGUUUUCAGAGGAUGCUAACCCAAAGAAGAAGCUGAAGUCAAACGCUGACAAUUUGAUGCCUGUUGAAGACAAUGCUACAGAUAACAUGUCUGAAGAACUAUUGGCUUUUGACAACGAGAUGAAGUACUUUCAGUUGCCAUGCAUGGAGGGUAACUGGGGUGCUUCUAUUGAUACCUUUCUCAAUGGGGAUGUAAGUCAGGAUGAUGGAAAUGCAAUGAACCUUUGGAGCUUCGAUGACCUCCCUGCAAUGGUCGGGAAUGCAUGUUUCUGAGCAAUCUUCUAUCCUGCUUGGUAUUUUUGUAAAUAAAGCUUUAUUGUUUAAAUUGUGUUGUAAUUCUCUUCGCAUAGAUGUUUAUGCAUUUAUGGAUUUGCUCUUUGCCGCCUUCUUUUUACUGUUCUCAGGACCUGGAAUCUGUAUUGGAGUAAAACAGCUGAGAAUGCUUGAGCUUUGUUUGGAUAAUAAUUUCAGUGGUUCUUAGUAUAAAAGGGAGUAUAGGUUUCUAGAUCCUCUUUACGUACCUUAGAGAGUUACUGUAUGUGUUCGUGUGUACUUGGUUAUGAAUAUUCUAGAACCAGAUGAAUGAUAAUUUUUCUGUUUAUUUACCUAAUGGUACCGUGCAAUUUUUA